AUGAAAUCGAAGACUAGCGAGAGUCUCAUAGCGAGUGAAAGCAAGGCGGGGAUCUUGAGAGACGUUGCCAACGAGCACAAGCAAAAACAGUUGAAAAAGAUCGUCCGAAUAGGAAGCGCUAUUAUUAUACUCGCGAGACAGUCUAAUCUUCUUCCUGAAGGCGGACAUUGUAAGACAUUUUGCCAAUCCUGCAAGAAGAAGUGCACCGGGGAGGUGCUACGUGUGCAAGACAAAUACUUUCACAUAGGGUGCUUCAAGUGCGCUCAGUGCAAUGCCAGUUUAGCACUGGGUGGAUUUUUCACGCAUGAAGGUUCCUAUUAUUGCACCAAGGAUUAUCGGGAACGCUGGGGUACACGAUGCGCCGGUUGCGGGGAAUAUGUGGAAGGUGACGUGGUGACAGCCGGCGAGAAGCACGCAUUUCAUCCGAAUUGCUUCCAUUGCCAGAGAUGCCGGCAACCGCUGCUUGGACAAGGGACCAAAGUAUCUCUUGUUCAAGGUCAAGCGCUGUGUCACCGAUGCGUUGUUAUCCCAGUUCGCGAGGCCUCUACGCCGCUCGGUAAUAACGCCGGUAGUAAAGGUGGCGGACACGCUGACCCUGGUGCCUGUGCUGGUUGCGGAAAGCAAUUGAGGGAAGGUCAGGCAUUGGUCGCGCUCGAUCGCCAAUGGCACGUUUGGUGCUUCAAGUGUCAUAGCUGCGACACUGUGCUCCAUGGAGAAUACAUGGGAAAAGACGGCGUACCCUACUGCGAGAAGGAUUAUCAGAAGCAAUUUGGAGUAAAAUGCGCCUACUGCAAUCGUUACAUCAGCGGCAAGGUUUUACAAGCUGGCGACAACCAUCAUUUCCAUCCGACUUGCGCUCGUUGUACGAAAUGCGGCGAUCCGUUCGGUGACGGGGAGGAAAUGUACCUGCAGGGUGCCGCCAUAUGGCACCCGCGCUGCGGUCCAGGACCUACCACCGGACCUAAUGGUAUCGUGAACGGACACGAUGCUCACACUCCGCAGCAUCGGGAUCGGAGCGAAUCUCUAGCAGCGCUUCGGAGAUGCAGGCUGUUAUAA